GCAGAGUGAGAUUCUGUCUCAAAAAAACGAUAAUAAUAAUAAUAAUAAUAAUAAUUUCAACGGGACACAAUUCAAUUUAUAACGAUAACAUAUUUAUUGGUUUGGGGGAUUAGGAGGUGGACAUUUGGGGGAAAGGGGCCAUCACGCUGCCAACCACACCCAGUGAGGUCACAGGGGCGUUUGUGACUUCAUCCUCCUCUUGGUCCCCCACACGGCCCUCCCACUAGACACUCCCACUAGACACGCAUGGUAGCUGGAGCAGCAAACGACUGCUUAGGGAUUUGAAGCCAGGUGUCCUAACUUCCUCCAUGGGCGCUCAGCCUGGGGAACCUCAGAACGCUUGCUCCAGGAUCCAGACGCCGUUUAGGAGGGUCAAGACCUUAUUCAUCAAAGCCCCGCCUCCCCCCCCAUCCUGGAACCCUGGCUGUACACACAUGUUUGGCCACAUGCAUGACAACAACCUUGAACAUCUCCCUUCACAGCAGGUGCUGGACACAGGAGAGCAGCUGAUGGUCCCCGUGGAAGUCCUGGAAGUGGAUAACGAGGGGGCCUUGUGGAAGUUUCUGCUCUCAGGAGCUAUGGCCGGGGCGGUGUCUCGCACGGGCACGGCACCUCUGGACAGAGCCAAGGUGUACAUGCAGGUCUACUCCUCCAAGACGAACUUCACCAACCUGCUGGGGGGGCUACAGAGCAUGGUCCAGGAGGGCGGCUUCCGCUCUCUGUGGCGGGGCAACGGCAUCAACGUGCUCAAGAUUGCUCCUGAGUAUGCCAUCAAGUUCUCCGUAUUCGAGCAGUGCAAGAAUUACUUCUGUGGAAUACAAGGGUCCCCACCCUUCCAGGAGCGCCUCCUCGCCGGCUCCCUGGCUGUGGCCAUCUCCCAGACCCUCAUUAACCCCAUGGAGGUGCUGAAGACGCGGCUGACCUUGCGUCGGACGGGCCAGUACAAGGGGCUGCUGGACUGCGCCAGGCAGAUCUUGCAGCAGGAGGGCACCCGCGCCCUUUACCGCGGCUACCUGCCCAAUAUGCUCGGCAUCAUCCCCUAUGCCUGUACCGACCUGGCUGUCUAUGAGAUGCUCCAGUGCUUCUGGCUGAAGUCAGGCAGGGAUAUGGGGGACCCCAGUGGCCUGGUCAGUCUGUCGUCUGUGACGCUAUCCACGACCUGUGGCCAGAUGGCCAGCUACCCACUGACUCUGGUGCGCACCAGGAUGCAGGCCCAAGAUACCGUGGAGGGCUCAAAUCCCACCAUGCGCGGAGUCCUCCAGCGGAUCCUGGCCCAGCAGGGCUGGCUAGGGCUGUACCGAGGCAUGACCCCCACGCUACUGAAGGUCUUACCAGCAGGUGGCAUCAGCUAUGUGGUGUACGAAGCCAUGAAGAAAACCCUGGGCGUAUAGGCUGUGAGCUGGACGACACAGCCUAGGCAGAAAUGGGACAGGAGGACCUGAUGACCCCUGGCCCCAAAGAGCCCUCGAGGCCUCAAGGCUCAGGCCCUGGAGCAGUUUUUGGUGGCAAAAGCAGGCUGGGGGUGGGGGUGGGGCGCUGGGUCAGAAGAUUCCUGAAGCUGGGGUUGGUCGUGGGCGGGGGGAGUGCUGGGUCAGAAGACUCCUGGAGCUCCCUCCCCAGGGUGCAGCCUGAGACAAGAAACGUGGACUCCAGUCUGGCCCCUUGUGGGUCAUCCUGGCUCCAGGGCGAAAUGGUGAACAUGUCAUACAACAAGGAAUAAAGAGAUAGUUUUUGCUGAA